AUGAAUCAAUAUCGUCCAUUCUUCUCAAUAAAUACCACCCAACUAGAUGACUCGCUCAGAUCACAAGGCAAUCAAUUUCAAUUUACCACUGAAACUCCGCCAGUUUUAUACGCCCAAAAGCAGUUUGUUCCUGGAGCUGUUCUAUUUACUUUUCCCAGUGCGCAUCAACAGCAACCUUCUGGAUCAUACAUGACAGGAUGUUGUACUUGCACGCGUACACCACCGCCAGAAUCAAGGAAUUAUGGUGCUUUUUGUCAACAACCUCCAGCUCCUGUGCACACAUUUUUUCCUUCAUCGAUGAAAUAUCCACAAAUGAGAGCAUUUCAGAAACAAGGAAUACCAUUUCAUCACGAUCGAUGCACAUCCACUUCGGACUUCUUCAAUUGUUAUACUCGAGGGCCACCAUCCAAGGGUCUUCCAGAUUUUUCAAACAUGCAACAAGAAUGCUAUGACACUCAAAUGCCUUUAUUCCCUCGCCCUGGUAUGGAAUUCUCAACAAAUCCAAGAAGAUUGGUUUUGAGGAAACCUGUCUCACCUCCUACCGGUAAUGUUGUAGAUAUUUUGGAUGAUAAUAAAAAGAAGGUUUGCUUUGAAAAGAAUCCAGAUACUUCUACCAAAGACCAAAGUGUCCAAGUAACUAGCGAUUGUAUAUGUGACGUGGGAAAAGGCGAGAGCAAAUCAAAAAUUCAAGAAGAAACAAAUUCCGAUAGUUUAUCGUCCAUAUCGUCCAGUUCGUCGGAAGGCAAAGAAAAACCGAAAAAGAAAUGUUGGCGGAAACAAAAAAAGACAACAGAAAACUCAUGUGAUUCAAAGAAACGAAAGAAAAAGAAAAAAACAAACCGAAAAAAGAAAACCACACUUGAGGAUAGUUCUUCGCAAACUGAUACGAGCGAUAUAUCCGAUACUAAGUCUAAAACUUGUAUAUGUAAAGAGUUUUUAAAAAUAAAAUUGUAA